GGGUGGCGCAUGCGCGUUAAAUUAGGGGAGGAGAACUUGGAGGAGCCCCUCGUUUCGUCAGAGGCGGAUACGCUAAAACUGAUUGGCUCCUCGUUGGCGCCGGGAACCGAGCGAUGGAAUUGCAGGCCGAGUUGACCGGCCGCGAUGGCCUGAAACGAGCGUGGCGUGUUCAGUGUGAGCCUCCGGGAGAACUGCGGGGCCUGUUGGCGGGUUUGUCUCGGCUGCGGGAGGAAGUCGCCGCUCGGCUUGACCCUCUGGUGCAACGGGAGAGCGUCGCUGCCUCCGGAGACCGAGAUGAGCGUGGAGAUGAUGAAGAAGAUGGAGAUGAAGAAGAGGAAGAAGAAGGAAAGCAUAUCAACACCAAAGCAUAUUCAAAUGAACCACCAUUAAAACGGACAAAAUCACACUCCUGAUAGAAACUAUAAUUUUUUUAAAAAAAAAUUAAAGUUCCUGUACUAUGAAAAUUUAUCUUUUAAAAAAUUGAAGGCUUGGAUAUUUAAAAUACUCAAGUUUUGUAUCUGUAAUUUGAAAUUAUUCAACAAGAUUGUAUGUGUGAGGAAAAAAGCAAAGUUGAAAGUACCCUUUCUGCUUGGGAAAGGCAACAAUGAAAACGCUUGACUGGAGCAACUACUCCUAGGCAGAAAUACCCUCCUCAACUCCCAACAAGUCUAGGCUCAGCUAAUUCCCCCCCUCCAAGAGUUUUACAGCCCAGCCGCUACCAGAAAACCUCAGGGGGGAGCACUUAGUUGCUCUUCAAUCUGCCAAGAAAGAGAAAAACUGACCAGCACAUUGUCCACAGGCAUCCACAUCUUAAAAUCAGAGCUGGCCAACCCUAGCUAUUUGAUGGGCAUUAUGUCUACAGCUGGCAAGUUUAGCCAUUUUUUUUUUCAAGGUCUUUAGACAGCCAGGUGAGCAUACUUCACUCCACCAUGCUUUCAAGUUAGAAAGGGGAAAGUCAAAUUAGAAGGUGUGGGUGAGCAGAAGUGGAAGAAAGGGCAAGCAGAGGAAGAGGUUAAGCAUACUGAGACUGCCAAGACUGUUAUAGCCCUUCAAGAUACUAAUAUUUCCUUAUAAGAUUAUAGUAGCAGAAUCUUAAAAGUCUGAAUGUACUUCCCCCGAUCUCCCUUUAUCUUCAUGAGAACUAGAGGGGUGGUGGUGGUUCUGAGAUGCUUACUCAGUUUACCUUCUGGCCUUAGAUUUCUUUUUUUUACUCUUGCCUUGUUUUUUUGUUCAUACCUGGAGGUGUUUUCCUUUUGUCUACUGUUGUAUUUUUCUUUUAUAUUUUCUUUGUAACCUCUCAAAAUUGGGAGUCGGGCACACGUAUUUUUGUAGUAGUAGUUUUGAGUAGUAUAAAUGUAUGUUAUUUGCAAGGAUUAAAAACCGGGAAUGUGGAACUUUCUGUUCUGAAAUUUCUAUUUAUCCACGUGAUCAGAAAUGGAAUUUGUAGUUAGAUAUUAUCUGAACCACUGUUCCCCCCAUUUCUGCACCCAAUUAACCUUCCCAACAGCAUCUCUAUGAGCUUACAAGUUCUCAGAAAUAAUCAAUAUUCAGAAUAUUGCUGCUGAUACCUGUAGGCUGGGUUUACAGAAUUUGGUUCUAGUUAUUUUGUAUACAAUGCAUUUCACUGUCUUUUCAAUGAUUCAGAUAGUUAGAGAAUGGAAUAUUAAACAUCAGCUUGUUUUUCAAACAUGAGCAGCAGUUAUUACAUUUUAAAGAAAUUUUGCAGAAAUUUAUGAACAAGUAAAAGGAUAAUUUUCUUUUAAGCCUAUCAUGUGCAAAAGGAAUCCCAUUUUAUUUAGUGCAACAUCAUCAAAGGAGAAAGGACAAUGUCUCAAAUGCCACUUUUAUAAUAAUUCCAAAAUUUACACAUAAACACAGGUAAAUUCAAUUUUCAGCAAUUCGCUUAUAGGAAACUUGAAGUUUUGAAGUAUGCACAGUGAAUUAGAGUUUCAAAUAUAUAUUUAUUCUAAAAUCUUCAGAUGGAGUGUAGAAACUGCUUUGUAAGGCCAAUAUGAAGAAUGUUACCCCCUGUUCUCAAAGAACUUUUCAUCAAAUAGAAUACCCCCAUAGUUAAAAAUCAU